AUGGGAUGUGGCGACAAAAAUAUUGAUAAGAAAAAGCGUAGGAAAUGUUACGGUGAUUCGUCGGCGGUAAUUUGCGAAGAAGCCAAUGAUCACUACAAUUGUGUGCCAGCAAUAUUUGAAGCACCGCCUGAUCAUGGCAUUUCGAUUGAUCCGGCCACACUUCUGGACGUGGCACGCUGGAAAAUCCCACCAUUUCCACCUGGACUUGUUUCAAUAACUCAUCAGCCCGAUAACCGUCCAUAUCCAUCCGAUCUGCCGGGAUGCAUAUUCGAGAAAGCAAUGAAAGCAGCAACUAUUGUUCAUUCCGGCCCGGAACUACCGCCACCGCCACCGCCUCCUCCUCCGGCAACAGCUACUGCAGCAGUGCGCAACAGCGGUACCGAAAUUCUGAGAUGUUGGUUCUUUGUCCCUGAACUAAAACAAUUUGCCCGAAAUGGAUCUGCUGCUCUAGCAGGCUUCACUGAGACACAGCCGACAUUUUGUGGACCAGAAGAAGACGGGAACUUUCGAAAAAAGCACAUAAGACAGCUGAAGAUAACGCUAGGCCUAGGAGUUUCAUGCCUGAACCGGUUAGCUGCAACGUCUGGAUAG